AGCUCAUACAGAUUGCAAAACAUUAUUCUUCCAAAUUCCAAAGAACUCCAAUUUGGAUGACAGAGCAACAAAAUGAGAUGCUGAAACGAGUCACAGUUUAAGCAGAAAGUACAGCCCUCCAGUAAGGCUUAUGGUUGCAGUUGGUCAGAUAGACAUUGGUUAUUACAUUUUUACCAUCAGAAACUAUAUCCAAAUAUUCAGGCUGAUGAGGAAAGAAGAACAAAUUGGCUACUAGAAGAGGCAUUCAAGUGGACAGGUUUUAUCAUAUUUUUAUAUUUUAUUGUUCUUCACUCUUUAGUAUUUUAUCUUUAUUUUUCUUUGGUUGUUGCUUUUGCUUUUUCUAUAUGUAAAGCACAUUGAAUUGCCUCUGUGGGGAAAAAAAACAGUAUAAUGUAAUUUUAAGACAACAAAAUGGGGGAGAGAUAAUCAGAGAGGCCUACAGGCUGUUUUUUCCGAGAACUCCCCUGAAUCAUUCUGGUUCAAAGGAUACAAGUCUGGAACUGUUGCUGCUGGGAACAUUUGUUGUAUAUCAUCCAAGUUUGAGUCACAAAAGUAUUAGUAAACUUAAGUCAGAUGUUAUCCACUUUCUCUCUGUCACAUUAUUGCAUAGGCAUCAUGUCUCAGCACGUCUAUAGGUAGCUGUAAGUUCUUUUUUUUUUUUUUUUUUUUUUUAAGUUACGUUGGUUCCUCAUUUCAUUGCUUUUGCAAAAGCUUUUUAUGCCUCCAUCAAUACUUUACUCACCUGGACUCCUAGAGUUAGACAAAGCAAAUUGAACAUAUACGUCAUUAUGUCCUCUGAGUUACUCUGUCAAAACAUUUCAGGCCGUUCUGAGUUUUUUUUUAAUCAUUUUGCAUACAACCAGCCCAGUGUUGCUUUAGGCUGUAUUGAUUCUUCAAACUGGUCUCAGAACUUGGAAUAUUAUGUGUAUUUAUUAUGUUUACUGUUGUGCAGGCUGUUCAUAAUGACAGUAUAUACAAACUAUCCAACUGCAGUGGAAGUCAUGGCACUGACCGCCACAGUUAAAGCCACAAAACAGCCAUUAUCUGAUGGUAUUGCAUAAGCAGACAGGCUGCUGUGGGCUGCACCACUACCUUUCCUGUUAUCUGAGGCCAGUUCUCUUCUAUUUCAUACUUCUGGAGACACAUGAGUGUGCAAAGAGGAAAAACAACUCAGGCGACAUUCCUCCGGUACUCUCUUUGCAUGGUGUGACUGUGAGGCAAAACCUACACUAUGGACAACUCAUCAAGCAAUGGAACAACAAACUUGAAACCGACUCAAACAUCUCUCACCUCCAUACAGACAUUUUGCAUUGUCUUGUACUGUGUCAUAUUUGUAUUGGGUGUUACUGGCAAUGGCCUUGUUAUCUACGUGACAGGCUUCAAGAUGAAGACCACGGUUAACUCUAUCUGGUUCCUGAAUCUGGCACUGGCUGAUUUCCUUUUCACGUUGUUCCUUAUUUUCAACAUCAUCAGUCUUUCUCUCAAUUAUGAAUGGCCCUUUGGAGAUUUCCUGUGCAAGUUCACCAGUCUAGUUCAAGUGAUAACUAUGUUUGUGAGCAUCUUCCUACUUACAGCCAUCAGUUUGGACCGUUGCUUGACUAUAUGGGUGGUAGUUUGGUCUCACAACAAGCGUACUCCAAACAAAGCCAGGCUCAUUUGUGUGUUAGUGUGGCUCCUCUCCCUGGGGUGCAGCAUUCCCUUUGUAAUCACACGCGGUGCUAUCAACAACAAGUGUCGCAAGACUUCAGAUGCGCUCACAACCAAGAGCCUUGCAAUAUUCCGUUUUGUGAUUGGGUUUCUGAUCCCUUUCCUCGUAAUCACAUGCUGUUACGUGGCCAUUGGUGUCCGUGCAAACCGAACCCAGAGGAGGAAGAAGAUGAGGCCUUUCCUCAUCAUCCUGACAGUCAUCUUGGCCUUCUUCAUCUGCUGGCUACCCAUCCAAAUCAUUGAGCUAAUUAUGACAGAUCAGAUAUACAUUCACAGCAUAAACAAACAGCUCUUCAACAGUGAUGUGUUCAACAUGGCCAAAAAAGGAAUGACGGUGGCGGUCAGCUUGGCCUUCCUCAACAGCUGCAUAAACCCCUUUCUGUACAUAUUCAUGUGUGAGGAGUUCCAGAAGAAGCUGAAGCGCUCUGUGUUGCUGAUGCUGGAGCAUGCCUUUGCCGAGGAGCAGCUGGGUUACUUCUCCUCUCAGUUCUCGGUCGGGUCACGCCAGUCCGUUUCUUCAGGCUCCAUGCACAGAAAAGCAACACUGACCUCCCUGAUGACCUUUGAGAGAAGUCCAUCCGUGGGAGAGUGAGCAGAUGCUCAGGUUCAAGGCCACUGCUGGUUAAAGCAGGAUGGCUUCAUCUUUGCUGUGUUAAUCACUCCCAAAAGCCAAUUUUGUGUUUUGAUUGAUUGUUUAAAUGUUUUACUUUUGAAAAUGCUUUUUUAUAUGCUGCGUCUGUUUGGUGUUCAUAGUAUUUGUUUCUGUUUAUCCAUAAAGUGUGACGUACAAAGUAUUGUCUCUUCUGGUGAAAAUGGUUAUGCAGACUCAUUGUCACAACAAUUAAACCUAGGUGUGCACAGUUGACAUAGUGUCCAUGAGUAUGUAUCUUAUGGAGAAUGACUUCACUUGUCUCAGCAGUUCCAUACUUCCACUUCAAUUAACUUCCUUAAUCUGAUGUUCUGUUUGCUAAGUGAUUAGCUACCGGGUUGUUUUUCAUUGGGCUAAUGGGGAAUUUUCCUGAAUGUAAAGGAUAAUCAGUGUUCUGUUCUCACCUAAAAGACAAAGUUUGUACUAAAGAGUUUCAAAAAGUGUUUCAAAAACAGGAUGUCUCUGUGGCCACCGACUGUUCCAGGGGAAAUGAAGAUGCUAAUUGCCAUCAGAUAUCUGAUUAUAAUCUGCUACAAGCCA